AUGUCGUUAUCCACCCUGAGACCAGCUUCCUGUCGACUUCCUACGGUGACCGGAGGAAAUGGGUCCCAAUCAAAAGUGUUAAAAGUAGAAAUGGUGAAAAGGUCAACUCUUCCUUCUCUUCAGGCAACCAAAAAGGAAGAAAAACCACUAUUGCAGGAAUCCUUCAAGGCCACCUCAAGGAGGGAGAUAAUGCAUUUGGCAGCUGCAUCAUUAGGUUUUCUUUCUCUUCUCUUACCAGAGUCUGCUGAAGCACGUACUAGAAAUGCCGACAUUAGGAGGAAGAUCUUGGAGAAGCUUGAAGAGCUCAGGGAGAAAGCUGGCUUUUCGAAGUCAAAAGUCGAAGGCGAAGAGAAGAACCCAAAAGAUGAAGCAGAAGGAAAAAGGUCGAAGCCAAAAGUUGAAGGCCAAGAGAAGAACCUAAAAGAUGAAUCUGAAGAAAAAAAUUUGAAGCCAAAAAUUGAAGCUGAAAAAAAGAAUUCGAAGCCAAAUGAUGAAAUUGAAGGAAAGAAGGCCACACCUCACCAGUCUACAGCUCCACCAUCAGAAGGCCAUCCUUUGCCUCUUCCAAGUCCCAUAAAUGGCAAAACUGUGGAAACAAAUCUCUAA